AUGGCUGCUAUAAUAGUACAUGGUUUUGUUCAAAUAUGGAACAUGGAGACUGGGAUGUCUAAAUCGAAAGAAGCAUUUAUUGAAACAAUGAAAAGAAAGAAGAAAGUUAGAUUGGUAAUUCAUUUCAGCACUGGAGAAUAUGCAACUUUUCAGCUAAGUAAUAAUAUUAAAAAUGUAGUCUUUAGAUCCUAUGGAGAAAAUCAAAAUUACCUGCAUUUAACUUUCCAAAAUAAUAGCUUCUUGUUUAUUAAAAAAUUAUCUUCUAGAGAUGCUGAAAAUUUGACAAUGUUCCUAGAUAAAGUCCAUCAAAAUAAUCUUCAAUCACCCAUGAGAACUGAUAGGGGUGGAGGUGUCUUUGCCAGCAUAAAAACACAGAAGAAAAUCAAUAAAACUUUAUUUAGCAAAAUCUAUCAGAAGUUAAUAAGUGGAUUUCUUGAGCCAGGAGAAGGAAGUAGAACACCUGACCUUCAGAAGUUGCCUUUGGAUACAUCAGAAUCAUCAAUGCUUACUUGUAAAGAGUUAUUAAAAGAGGGAUUGGGGAAGAGAAAAAGGAUGGCCUCAUCUGAUUCAGAGAUAUAUGAGAAAUUUCAGGAAGAGAAUAAAUCUGUAAGAAACAAGAAAUCCAAGACAAAUCCCUUGAAGUAUGUAGUUGAUGAUGAGAAGGAAGAAAUGUGGUUGAAAGAGUUAAAAGAAAGUAAGAAAUUGGAUUAUUUAUUAGAGACCAAUUCUACUGGAAACCCUUACCUAGAUGGCACUUGUUUUCUUCAAACUCUCUCUGAGAAAAUAUAUUUGACACUUCUAUUGAAAUCAUUGUGUAGUGAGGAUGAUCCAGAGUGGGAGAGACUCAAGAUGACCUUUGACUUUUACCCAGAGAAACUAUGUCAAGGCCUCCCCAAUUUGGGAAACACCUGUUACAUGAAUGCAGUUUUACAGUCCCUAUUUUCUAUUCCAUCUUUUGCUUAUGAUUUACUCUAUCAGGGUUUCCCAUGGAGUAAAAUUCCCCUUGAUGCUCUUAGCAUGUGCCUGUCACAUUUGCUUAUUUUGAAAGACAUUUAUAGCAUAAAAACCAAGGAGAAAUUACUUGUCAAUAUUAAAAAUGCCAUUUCAACAGUUGCAGAGGUAUUCUCUGACAACACACAGAAUGAUGCUCAUGAGUUUUUAGGUCACUGUUUAGAUCAGAUGAAAGGCAACAUGGAAAAAUUAAAUACAAUUUGGAAGACUAAAAUUGAAUCUGAGGAAGAAGAUUCACCCCAGCAGUUUUUUGCUGACAAUGCUGUCACCAAAAGGCUUGUUUGUCCUGUCAUCACUAAUUUUGAGGUUGAGUUGCUGCACUCUAUUACUUGUAAAGCCUGUGGUCAGGUUGUUCUCAAGACAGAAGUUAGCAAUUAUCUCUCCAUCAACCUUCCCCAAGGAACAAAAACACAUCCUUUGUCUAUUCAAUCUACUUUUGAUCUUUUCUUUGGAGCAGAAGAGAUUGAGUAUAAAUGUGGAAAGUGUAACCACAAGACUUCUGUUUCAAUGCACAAAUUCAGUAGGCUACCCAGGGUUCUCAUUAUUCAUCUGAAACGCUAUAGCUUUAAUAAGUUUUGGUCAUUAAGGAAGGAUGACCAGGAAGUCAUUGUUUCUAAAUAUUUAAAGUUGUCUUCUCAUUGCACUGAAAGUACCAAACCACCUUUUCCCUUGAACAAAAAUGUACAUAUUAGGGAUUUACAAUUCUUAAAAUUCUUCCAAAAGAUUAAUUUUGAAAUUCUUAGGUCAUUGACACCUUCAAUAAAAUUGACCUCAAAAUCCAAGGAUUGCCUGGCUCCACACAUUGAAUCAGACAAAGAGUCUGAACCACAAAAGUACCAGAUUUUUGGGUUAAGCAAAGAACAGAAGCAAAACAACCUGAGAAAACACUCUCAACUGACUACAACAGAGUCCAUAUUGGUAAACUCAGGAUAUGGUGCAGCAAUUGAAAAAGAGCUAAUAGUACCAGGCUUAAUGAGGAAUCUGGAAAAUACUAACCUUACUGUGGUCUGUGAAGAUGAAGGUAAACCCACCAGUGGCCCAGACACAUCUGCAGAAGUUCAUCUUCAAGAAGUCCCUAGAAAUCCAAAACUGAAGAAAUAUGAGAAAGCCAAUAUGUUUGCAGCUGUUGAUAGUAUCACGGAGACUACUAAAGAUUUUUAUGAAGAUAAAAAAAACAGAAUUUCAGAAGAGUUCUCAAAUGUACCUGGACAUACUCAGCAGUGUGAAAAGGUGAGAAUCUAUGAAGAAGCCCUUUGGCAGGCACUGCUUCAAAGCCUUCCAAAGACAGAUGCCCAGUGGCACACAGAUAACCUUACAAGACCUACAGAACUAAGUCUCCAGGAGGCCAAUAUGAAUUCCCUAGGUGCAUUGUGUUCCAACAAAAGCCUGGGACACAAAGACUUUUUAGCUAAGAAGAAGACAGAAGCUAAAGCCAAGAAACCAAAUCCCAAGAUAAGAGAUUGUUAUGCUUAUCGGCUCAUUGGUGUUAUUAGCCAUCUUGGGAAUACCCUAAAUUCAGGCCAUUAUAUCAGUGAUGCCUAUGACUUUGAGAGGCAAGUCUGGUUCACUUAUAAUGAUAUGCAAGUGUCAAGUAUCCAGGAAGUUCUGAUGCGGGAGGCUAGGCUUAGCACUGGGUACAUCUUCUUUUACAUGCACAAUAAGAUUUUUGAAGAGCUGUUGGGAAGGGAAGAGAACUCCCAGCCUCAUAGCACAAAGGCAGGGAAAAACCAUCAGAAAAAAUAA